CAAUAAAAUUCAGGCACCUAAACAAGAGCCAAUAUUUGUCAUUUAUAUGGCGUGACGUAGUUAAGACACAUAACUAAACAUUUAGAAUUAGAAUAGCAUAAAUGAAAAUGGUCAACAUAUCAACUAUUAACUGGCUAUUCGUGUGCGGCCUGUCCUUCUGUCUAGGCGGCAUUGCAGUGCUCAGUUUCAUGCCGCUCAGCUCAGACUGUAUAUGCCCGCUGAAGAACCCAUUGAGUAGGCUUAAUGCCGAGGAGCUAGCAAAGACGAAAACAUUUACUAAAUCUGCACAUAAAAUGGCAGUUUUGGUGCCAUUUCGAGACCGAUUCGAAGAGUUGCUUCAAUUCGUGCCGCAUCUGACGCAGUUUUUGCGUCGGCAGGGUGUCGAGCAUCAUAUAUUUGUGCUAAAUCAAGUGGACAGAUACCGAUUCAAUCGCGCCUCACUAAUCAAUGUUGGAUUCCAUUUCACCAGCGAAGUCUACGACUAUAUUGCCAUGCAUGACGUGGAUUUGCUACCACUUAACAAGGAUUUGUUAUACGAGUAUCCUAGCAGCCUGGGACCGCUGCACAUUGCUGGGCCUAAGUUGCACCCAAAGUACCACUACGACAACUUUGUCGGCGGUAUUCUGUUAGUGCGUCGUGAGCACUUCAAGCAGAUGAACGGCAUGUCAAACCAAUACUGGGGAUGGGGAUUAGAGGACGACGAAUUUUUCGUACGCAUCAGGGACGCUGGUUUACAGGUUACACGUCCCCAAAACAUUAAGACUGGCAUCAACGAUACUUUCAGCCAUAUACACAAUCGCCACCAUCGUAAACGCGACACACAAAAGUGCUUCAAUCAGAAGGAGAUGACACGCAAAAGGGACCACAGCACGGGAUUGAACAACGUCAACUACAAAAUACUCAAAGUACAUGAUCUGUUGAUCGAUGGCGUGAACGUAACGAUUCUUAAUAUAUUGCUUGAUUGUGAUGCAAAUAAAACGCCUUGGUGCGACUGUUCGGGAACAGCAGCAGCUGCUUCCGUCGUACAAACCUAGUUAUAAAUUGAAAACAACGAGUUUUCCGAACCUUAA